AUGUAUGGGAAAAUUUGGAAUGCUCCUGCUCCUUAUAAGGCGAGAGUCACAGCUUGGAGAUGUCUUCGCAAUAGAUUGGCAACUUGUGAUAAUCUCAUCAAGAGGAAGGUGGCGCUGCAGGUGGAGGAUAGCUGGUGUAAUUCAUGUGUGGCGCAUGAAGAAACAGCGGCGCACCUUUUCCUCCAUUGUCCAAAGGCCGGUCAGGUGUGGGACCUCAUUCAACAGUGGAUCGGGCAGAGAACGGCGAGACCACAAGGUAUUCUGCAACAUUUCUCUAUCUUUGUUCACGGUGGAAAAGGGAAAAGUAGUAGGAAGUUCCUCAAAGCGCUAUGGAUUUGCACGAUCUGGCUGAUCUGGAAGAAUAGGAAUGUGAGCAGAUUUGAAGGAAAGGUUUGGGAUGCCCAACAUAUGGCUUUAGAGAUCAAAGGAAGAAUGUGGAGCUAG